AUUGUGGGUUGGGCUGCCCUAGCCGCCUCCCACGGCGCCUUCGAACAUGAAACCCUAGAGGCCGCGAUGGCCCGUCAUCGCCACACAAUCAAAGCGCGACGCAGUCUCGAGUCGUGUGCGGGGGACCUGGAGAAUUCAGGCAGCAAUCUGCGUCUCCGCGCCCGCCGCGACGAGAUCAUUGACCAUCACCGUCGGCGCAAGCGGUCUACCGUCGAGAUACUGAACACCACUCAUCUCCACACUGGGCUGCGGAUCGACCCAUCACGCCCGGGAGAGGUCUUUUCGGACGAGCACCAUGUGCUUCUGACCCCUUACGGUGACAACGGACCGUACUACGUGCCCGGCGAGCUCAUCCGCGAGGACGCGCGCGAGGACCAACUCGGAGUCCCCAUCAUCGUGGAGGCGCAAUUCAUCGACUACGAGAGCUGUCUCCCCGUCUCAGGCAUGUUUUGGGAUAUGUGGAACGCGAACGCGACCGGGGUGUACAGCGGGGUGAUCAACGAGGGUAACGGCGACUUCCUAGACCACUCCAACGUGAACGCGACCUGGCUGCGCGCCGUGCAGAUGGCGGACCAGGACGGAGUGGCGCGCAUCCAGACCAUCUUCCCCGGCCACUACACUGGCCGCACCAACCAUAUCCACAUCAUCGCCCACACCAACGUGGUUGUGCUGCCAAACGGCACCAUCACCGGCGGCAGCGUCAGCCACAUCGGCCAGUUCUUCUUCGACCAGGCCCUCAUCGACGCCGUCGAGACCACAUACCCCUACACCCUCAACCCAUAUGCGGUGAUCGGUAAUGCCCUCGAUGACACCUUCCACCAGGAGACGGCCUUCUCCGCCUCUGAUCCGGUCUUCAACUACGAGUACCUGGGCGAUACCCUGCAGGACGGUCUGUACAUGUGGGUGCGCAUCGGGGUGAAUGUGUCUGCGAGCUGGCAGUCUGAGUACAGCUUCACGCAUGGUGCCAACGGCGGU